CGGUCACGUGAUGUUUGUGGAAACAGUUUCACAUCGAACAGAUUCAUCAGCCGCUAAUAAAGCGAGGGCUCGUGCACAGAACAGAACCUGAACGCGUUUGUGUGUCUGGAGGAAGAGGAAGAGGAAGAGGAGGAUGGACAGACAGGAGGAGGAAGAGGAGACAGUGUGUGUGGAUGAACAGACGGUGGAGCGUCUAACAGAAGGGUUUCUCUCUCACUAUCUGCCGGAGCUGUGCUCCUCUAAACGAGCGCUGCAGGAGCUGACACAGAACCAGGUGAUUCUGCUGGAUACGCUGGAUCAGGAAGUGGCCAAGCUCCGCGAGUGCAACGCCACGAUCGAUCUGAACGCGCUGUUCACAGAGGCCAAAGUUUAUCAAAGCAAACUGGUGAACAUCCGCAGAGAAAUGAUGGUUCUGCACGAAAAGACGAGCAGACUGAAGAAGCGAGCGCUGAAGCUGCAGCAGCACAAGCAGAAGGAGGAUCUGGAGCGCGAGCAGCAGAGAGAGAGAGAGCUGGAGCGAGAGAGACACCUCAUCGCCAAACCUGCCAAACCGCACUGAGCGCGCUCAGAGACACGGCUCCGCCCACUGCCCAGAGACUCCGCCCCUGACGUCAGUAAAACAGUCAGAGACAGACUCAGAUGUUCGUCACAUUCACGCAUGCAUCACGACUCUCGGAGGAAACGAGCCAAACUCUUCAUCUUCAUCAUCACAUGCAUUUCUGUCCAGAUAAAUAAUAACAACAAUAAAUUAGUAAAACUCUAA